GCCCUGCACUGCCAUCUAUUGGCCACGGGGCCUCACUGCUCUGCCUUCCCCCAGCUCCACCAUGUCUGCCGCAGCUUUGCUAAACCGGCAGCUCCACAAUGAGCAAGUGUCGGAGCCCCGGCCCCAUGGCUCUUGCCAUUGAAAUGGCUUAGAGGGCAGAAUCACCCGCACUCACACAGCGCCUCGUGCCCGAGGCAGACAGGGCCCUUCUCUGCGGCAGGUCGGCGAGCGCGUGCCCCCACCUGCCUUUUGCUGGAGGCAGGAGGGCGAGGGGAGAUUCUCCUGAUCUUAAGGACGGCGCCUAGCAGCCCGUCCGCUGCCCCAACUCCCUCGCUGCCUUCUAAAGAAGCGGAUGCAGCGGAGGCUGCCAGACACCACGCAGGAGAAGCAGCUACAGCAGCCUGAGCUCGGUCCGCGGCGGAGGCUCUGCAGGAGGCAGCCGCGGGGGCCAGGCUCCCCGCUCUCCCCCGCUGCACACUACCAUGUUCGGCGCGCACCGCCAGAAGAAGAAGGGGAAGAUUAAACCCAGGCGCGCGGCGCCGCGCAUCCUCCCCUGCCAGUCUGGGUCUCUGCCGGCCCGGCGGGGGGGGGCCGGCCGGCGGACAAUGGAGUUAAAAUGUACGCUUGCUGCUCUACAGUAACUUUGGAACAGGACCCCAACAAAAAAAUGCAUAUCUGGAUGCUGCAGACGAUAGCGGUUGCUUUAACAUCGCUAGUCCUGUCGUGGGCAGAAAGCAUCGAGUAUUAUGGGGAAAUCUGCGAUAAGGCGUGUCCUUGCGAGGAAAAGGACAGCAUCUUAACAGUGAGCUGUGAAAACAGAGGGAUCAUCAGCCUUUUCGAGAUCAGCCCACCAAGAUUCCCUGUCUAUCACCUCUUGUUAUCUGGGAACCUUUUGAACAGACUCUACCCAAACCAGUUUGUUAAUUACACUGGGGCUUCGAUUUUGCAUCUAGGGAGCAAUGACAUACAAGACAUCGAAACGGGGGCCUUUCAUGGUCUGCGGGGCUUAAGGAGGCUGCACCUGAACAAUAACAAGCUGGAACUAUUAAGGGAUGACACUUUCCUUGGUCUGGAGAGUUUGGAGUAUCUUCAAGUCGAUUAUAAUUACAUCAGCACUAUUGAACCCAAUGCUUUCAGCAAACUGCAUUUGCUGCAGGUGCUGAUCCUCAAUGAUAACCUCCUUUCCAGUUUGCCCAACAACCUUUUCCGUUUUGUGCCCUUAACUCACCUGGACUUGAGGGGUAACCGGCUGAAGCUGCUGCCCUACCUGGGCCUUUUGCAGCACAUGGAUAAAGUGGUUGAGCUGCAGCUGGAGGAGAACCCAUGGAAUUGCUCUUGCGAGUUGAUCGCUCUGAAGGAUUGGCUAGACAGUAUCUCCUACUCGGCUCUGGUGGGGGACGUGGUUUGUGAAACCCCUUUCCGCUUGCACGGCCGAGACUUGGAUGAAGUCUCCAAGCAGGAGCUUUGCCCUAGGAGACUCAUCUCGGAUUACGAAAUGCGACCGCAGACACCUUUGAGCACCACAGGGUAUUUCCACACUACCCCGGCCUCGGUCAACUCCGUGGCCACUUCUUCCUCGGCUGUUUACAAAUCCCCCUUGAAGCCCCCUAAAGGGACCCGUCAACCAAACAAGACCAGGGUGCGUCCCACCUCCCGCCUGCCCUCCAAAGACCUGGGAUACAGCAAUUACGGCCCCAGCAUCGCCUACCAGACCAAAUCCCCGGUGCCUUUGGAGUGUCCCACCGCCUGCACUUGCAACCUGCAGAUCUCCGACCUGGGCCUCAAUGUCAAUUGCCAGGAGAGGAAGAUCGAAAGUAUCUCCGAGCUACAGCCCAAACCCUACAACCCCAAGAAGAUGUAUCUGACCGAGAACUACAUCGCCCUGGUGCGCAGGGCGGAUUUCCUGGACGCCACCGGGCUGGAUUUGUUGCACCUGGGCAACAACCGGAUCUCGGUCAUUCAGGACCGGGCCUUUGGGGAUCUAACUAAUUUGAGAAGACUCUACCUGAACGGGAACCGGAUCGAGCGGCUGAGCCCGGAGCUGUUCUACGGGCUGCAGAGCCUGCAGUACCUCUUCCUGCAGUACAACAUCAUCCGGGACAUCGAGGCGGGCACCUUUGAGUCAGUCCCCAACCUCCAGCUCUUGUUUUUGAACAACAACCUGCUGAGAUCUUUGCCCGCCAGCAUUUUUUCCGGCCUGACUCUCUACAGGCUGAGCCUGAGGAGCAACCACUUCUCCUACCUGCCUGUGAGCGGGGUGCUGGACCAGCUGAAAUCCCUGCUUCAGAUCGACCUGCACGAGAACCCCUGGGAUUGCACCUGCGACGUGGUGGGCAUGAAGCUGUGGCUGGAGCAGCUCAACACCGGGGUGUUGGUGGACCAGGUCAUCUGCGAGUCCCCCAAGAAGUUCUCCCAGAGCGACAUGCGGACCAUCAGGUCGGAGCUGCUGUGCCCGGACUACUCCGACAUCAUCGUCUCCACCCCUACCCCUUCCUCCAUCCAGCUGCCGGGCGGGACCACCCUUUUCUCUUCCACCGUGCGGCUCAACAGCACGGGCGCGGCGGGGGGCGCGGCGCCCUCGGGCGGCGGGGGCGGAUCCCCCUCGUCGUCGGUGCCGCUGUCGGUGCUGAUCCUGAGCCUGCUGCUGGUGUUCAUCAUGUCGGUGUUCGUGGCGGCGGGGCUCUUCGUGCUGGUAAUGAAGCGCCGGAAGAAGGGCCAGGGCGACCCGGCCAGCGCCAACAACUCCGACGUGAGCUCCUUCAACAUGCAGUACAGCGUCUACGGCAGCGGCCACCACCACCACCCGGCGCCGCAGCAGCCCCGCCACCCGCGCGGCGGCGGCCCGGCCCUGCCCAAGGUGAAGACCCCCGCCGGCCACGUGUACGAGUACAUCCCGCACCCGCUGGGCCACAUGUGCAAGAACCCCAUCUACCGCUCCCGGGAGGGCAACGCGGGCGAGGAUUACAAAGACCUGCACGAGCUCAAGGUCACCUACAGCAACCACCACUUGCAGCAAGGGCCGCCGCCCCCGCCGCCCCCCGGGGAGGAGGAGCCCCUGCGGAGCCCCACUUACAGCGUCAGCACCAUCGAGCCCCGGGAGGAGCUGCUCUCCCCGGUGCAAGACGCCGAUCGCUUUUACAGGGGCAUUUUGGAGCCCGAUAAACACUCCUCCUCCUCGCUGGGCACCCCCGGCAAUAAUCUCCCCGAUUACCCCAAAUUCCCCGCCGCCUACACCUACACCCCCAACUAUGACCUUAUGCGGCCCCAUCAGUACUUGCACCCCGGGGCGGGGGACAGCAGGCUCCGGGAGACGGUGCUCUACAGCCCCCCGAGUACUGUCUAUGUAGAGCCCAACAGGAACGAGUAUCUGGAGUUAAAAGCAAAACUAAACGCAGAGCCGGACUACCUCGAAGUGCUGGAAAAACAGACCACAUUCAGCCAGUUCUGAGAAAUCCCUCCCUCCCCCCAACAACCAUAGCGACUCCUCCUCCUCCUCUAGAGUAUUUGUAUUUAACAACCACACACAAAACAAAGAAACACAAAUGCUGAACCCCCUCCCUCCCCCCUUUAACUCAUUUUGUUGUAGGGUGAAGUGCCUUGGCACAGGAUUUUCAGCUUCGGGGAAUGAUACUGAAAGGGUGUGCUGUUUCAUUUUUAUUUUUACAAGUAGGAAACAAUCUAUUGUGUAAACUGGGCACAACACUUGCUCUUGUGUGUUUGUGUGUCUGUGUGUUGGGGAGGGGGGAAAGAGGGUUUACUUAGGUUGGAUCGUGCAGGUUAUAAGUACAAAAGUCAUAGUCACUUUCAUUUUGUUGGACAGGCGUUGCUAAAUUUUAUUUUCUCUUUGGUUGAAGAGUGCAGCGCACGUUUCCCCCUUUUAGCUCUGGGUGAGUCUAAAUGGCUUUUAAGGAAAGAUUUGCACACCCGAUUUAAUACAAGGUUUCCUUUUUUAAAGGAUGUGUUUGUAUGCUUUCUGGACUUUUGAAUUAAAAAAAUAUAUAUAUUAUGAUCUUUAAAAAAGAUCACCAGAGAUGUUGACAAAUCAUUAAAGAGGGCAGAGAUAUAUGAUCCAUAACUGGUUAGUGAAAAUAACUUAUUGAUGAACUAUAAAAUAUUUUAUUGUAGCACCUAUUUUUAUAUGUGCAUUAGCAUUUCUCUUUCCUUCACUAUUUUAGGGCCCAGUCUUGCAAAUACUUACAUACCCACGUAACGCUAUUCAUGAAAGUAGUCUUGGCAUAGGCAUCCAUCCUGCAAACACUUAGGCAAAUGAACAACUUUGCUCAGGUGUGUAGUCCCAUAGAUUUCAGUGAGUAUGUAAAGUUAGCCACAUGCCCAAAAGUUUGGAGGACUGGGGCCAUAGUCAGUGCAACUGUUCUCAUAAGUAAAGUUACAUGGACAUGUAAUUGUUUUUUCAGGAUGGGGCCCAGAGUCUGUGAAUUGCUCAGAAGUGUUGCACUACAUGCAGAGCUUUAUUUCCAAAGCUGAAGUGGUAUCAGGAGGACAUUUUAAAUCACUAAAAUUAACAGUAAUUAUGACCAAAUUUAAAAGACAAUCUAAGACAAGCAAUCUGGUCAGGAUAAAAGAAUAUUGUAUUGGGAACCUCCUGCUAGGGCAAUUAGUCGGACUAACUAGCGAGGGACAUGUGGAAAUCGUUGAUUUUAGCAGGAAAAUUGUUUCUUUUCAUUACUCAACCAAAAUAUAAUGAUUUGACUACUGUUGUAGCCAAUUUCUGAUUGUUUAGUCAAAUGCAAUUGCACUUGUACAGAUCCAUGUGUAUACUGGCACUUUGAAAGACCAAAUGAUGGACUGUACACAUCUCUAUAUAAUGUCUUUACCCCUUUGGGCAUCAGGCAAUUAAAAGGAUAUCCAUAAAUACAGCAUCACUGUAAGAUGGGACAACUGGUGUCUCAUAUGUAUCCCAGCACAUGUAAUUUUUUAAAAAUAAUUUCUGAAUAAACACUUGAUAACUAUUUCAAAUGUAAGGACAUGAAGUAAUGAUUACCUGAAGUUCACAAUAUCUUGCCAAAAUCAAACUUUGCUAUGUGAAACUGCCUUUACUAGCAAUGAAGUCUGAACGGAAAGGAACUAACAGUAUAAUCUGAUGUGUUGUUCUUCAGGUUAUUUUCAAAACACAAUAUAUUGUAAUUUAUCAAGAUACCUGACAUGGGUCAGAACUGGACAUUGCUAUGUGAAUCACGAACUUGCUUAAAAGUAUAGUUUCAUAUUUACAUUUUUUUCCUUUCUAAAGUCUUCAUUUAAGAUAUGGAUCAGGGUAAGUGAUAUUUCACAUUCUUUUUUACCUUUAUCUCUUAGGUUAUUGUAUUUGGUAUUGUUUGGCCAGGAUUCGCUAGUACAUCUGUUUUGCAAAAGGGCUCUGUUCUGUGCUGCUUUUUCUACUUAUGUAAAGUAUGUGUCUUUAUUUUUGUGUUAAACUGGCCUUCAGCAAUUCAGGAUGAAUGAUGUGUUGGGAUGUGUACUUCCCUUCCACCAUGCCCUCCACUACCCAAACAAACAAAAUCAAAUGUGCAUGACCAUACAUAACUCUAGGUGGUUUGGUCAAUAUACUGAAAUCUGGAUUUUAAAUGUGAACAGGAGAUUCUUCUUGUUUUAUUGCAAAAGCAACAACACAUGGCAUUAUGGUGUAUACUGCUCUUGAUCUGCAGCAUAUCUGUCAUUGAAGUCAAUGAGAGAUGUAAGUGCUGAUUGAGGUCUCAUUCUGCAGUUUCUAUUGAGCAAAAAACUCCCUUUGAACCAUUGCCAAAGCCAAAGGGCCUCAUUCUCUUCUCAUUUACACUGGCGUAAAUUAGGAGUAAUCAUUAAAGUCAGCAGUUACACUGGUGUUAAAUGGCUACAAGUGAGAAGACGAUUAAGCACAUUGGCUUGCACAGUGACAUGGAAGGAGAUUUUCUUAGUAAUGUCCAAAUGAUCAGGGCAAUACGUGGUCCUUCAGAUGUGAAACUUUUUUUCUCGUGCACCCAAAAUUCAAGUUGAUGGGAGUUUUGGGUGGUUUCAGUAGAAAUGCAGGAUCUGGUCCUUAAUGUGAAAGGUACAUUUUACAUGGCAUUCUGCCACAAAGAGGCAGCAUCCACAAGUGUGUAAAUGCACAGGAACAGCUUGAAUUUAUGAGACCUGGGUGAUAGAAAUGCCUGAACAGUCUUUUUAUGUCAGAGUUCCUGAUGCUGCUAUUUCUGAUGCCAGUAAAUCUGCUGCCUCCAUAUUCUCUGCAUACACUUGAUAUUUGAGACCAGGAAACAUUCUAACAGUACACAUGCUAAAAUCAGAAUAAUUAGUGAAAUCCUCUUCAGUGCCCUACACCAACUACAAGUAGCAAAAAAUUAAAAUAUUAGGAGAGCCAUUAUUGGAGAAGAAAUUUAAACAUAAUCAAUUAACCUCCAGCCGUGUAGUCUUGAAGAAGAAUUCUUAAAAGACACAUGAAUUUCGAAAAAGAUCAUUUACUCAUUAAGUAUCCUGAAAUACAACUAAGAGGGACAUUGAUAACUCAGACCUUAAUAGAAAUGGGAUUACCCAUGCAGAGGCUACAAUGAUUAAUUUUCUGAAGAAAAUUAUAGGUAGAAAGAGGUGACAGAAUGUCUGAUCACAGAGGUAGUUUUGGUUGUGGAGCAAUAUAUUUAUAUGGAAAAUAUGACCUUUGUUUGCUAGCAGGAUCAGUGAAACCAUCAGUUUUGCUAGCAGGAUCUGCUGAGUUAGUGCUGACCAAAGAAGUAAAAGUGUCAGAGAAAAAAAUAUAUUAAUCCUUUUUUUAAGUUGAGAAUUGUUUUAAUGGGGCCAUUUAAUUCACUUCCCCUUUUUGUCCAAUUGUUGCCCUUUCUUACAAGAUAUGUUGAGUUUCCUGAGAUGAAAUAGCCAUAUAGCUAUACAUUUUCUUUCAAAAGUUCAUGUAAAUCGAUUAUAAAAGAGAAAUAAAGGCAAAAGAACCCUAAUUUCUAAAAUGUAAGUGCUAGAAUCAACAUACAGAUUCUGACAAUAUAAUAUAUACCAUUUAUUUAUAAAAGCAAGUCAAAAGUUUUCUUUAUCUAUCUUCUAUAUUCAGUAUUUUGCCAACUGUUUAGCAUACUGAUGCAAUGUCUUAUAUUCAUAAUUGUGCUUUUGGGACAGAUUUUCUUUUUUGGGGUCCAGAUUCUUUCUUUCUUUCUUUCUUUCUUUCUUUCUUUCUUUCUUUCUUUCUUUCUUUCUUUCUUUCACAUCAAUUUCACAACAUUCACCCAUGUAUUUUCUAGCUGUUUUUAUAAAUUGUUUUGAACACCAAACUUUGUGUUCAUUUUGUCAUCAAUUAAACAUCUGACAUGAAAGAUGUUUCCACUUUUAUAUUUAUAGGACCUAUUAUUGCACACUUUUCUCAUGUUGAACUCACAUUGACUUUCAUGUCAGUUGUUGCUGAGUAAAACAUGUAGGAUUGUGUCUAAAGACUGGUAUAUUUCAGUUUCAUAUAUUUUCCAUUAUCUAUUUAUAGUACUAGAUAACUGAUACUCAGGAGUAUUCCUUUUAGACAAAAUUCUGGUACUCCUUGUCAUAUUGAUUAGUAGUUUAAUUUAAUUGAAAUUAAGGGUAAGGUACUGUUCAACAUGAAUAAGAUAUAAGAAUCUAGCCCAUAUAAAUACAUUAUAGAAAAAAUAAAUCUAAGAAAGCAGUAAUAUUUAAUGUAAUGUCAUGCAAUAUAAUACUAGUAUGAUAAAUACAGUUUUAGGUGGGUAAAAGUUUAUAAUUAUUGGUAGGUUAUUACUAUCAUAGCUUACAUACAAGUUAUAAAAUAUAAUGAGGUACACUUUCUCUCUGACAUUUAAGAGUCACUUUUUGGUAAUUUUAUAGUAUGCCAUGUUAAAGAUCUGUCAGAAGAAGUAGUUACUUUCACUUGAGGGAAAGUCAUCAUUUACUGAUCAAAUAAUAAUGACAGAAAGCAAAAUAUUGGUCCUUUAGCUGUGCAGAGUGGAGCUUAGGUGGAUAUGGGUAUUCUGCACCCCUCAAAGAGGCUUAAAUGGAUUCUGACAUUAUCAGACCCUAUCAGAGCUGGUUGCAUAAUUCAUAUGGGUCCAUUGUCUGGGGCAAAGUGCACAAAUCCAUCCCAAGACAAUUAUCCAUGGCAUCCUGGAGGCUGGGAGAUGGUACUGGGACAAGCAGGGAGUUUGAUGUGAGGAGGCUGGUGCUCCUCAUUUUCCUGACAGCUGGUGAAACUAAAAGAGCUCUCGGGUGAAGAUAGGACCACUGGAGUGACGAUUCCCUUCAAGAGCCCAGGGCAGAAAUAUAGUCUUCCCUUAUGCCUGCACAGCUCCUAGGACAUUGUCAUUACUACUGGAAACAAAUAACAACGUAGAGUGAGUAGUAGAAAGUCAAUGACAAAGACACCCACCUUCUCAUCACCACCAGCCUCGCAAAGCUGCAAUUACUUGCUUUAGUUAACGUGUUUUAGAGAAUACCCCCCCGCACACGCCCCACAUUGUCCUCCUGCAGCAGUUCUACAAGGAACUGUAGGCCCUGCAUAGAGAAGUGGAAACAAAAUCCAAAGGAGGUAAAUUGAGGUUGGCUUGUGAAAGGGAUGAAAAGGCUGUGAGCUCAUUUACAUAAGGUCCUGUCCUAAACAUCUCUGUACUAUGCUCCAUUGAAGUGUGAGUUCUCCCGUACAUUGUGUGUCUAAGCCUCCUUCCACUCCAGCCCUGCUACCUUCAGCAUAUCUGUCAAUCCAUCUAUGUGUAACUGUGAUCCAUCCUAAUAUAAAUGUGAUACAUCUUUGUAAUUUUUAUUGCUUUCAUUUUACUUUUUUCGUUAUUCAGAUAAGUCUCAAAAUAACUAGUAUUGUGACAAUAGUGCAAAAAUGGUAUAAACAGGUUUUAGAAUGAAUGUUUAUUCUUAAAACACUGAAUGGAAUAGUGUCAGAAAACACAAAGACACAUUUAGAUAGUAGAAACCAGAAACAUUUAAUUAAUUGGAUUUCAAAGGGAAUAAAGUGCAAUGAAUGUAGUAAUUAAAUGGUUAUCAAAUUUACUAAUUAACUUACAGAUAAUGGGCCAAAUUCUUCUCUUGGUUAUACAUGUGUUAGUCUAGAGCUACACCAUUGACUUCAAAGGAAUUAUUCCAGAUUUACAACAGCAGAACAGAGAGCAAAAUUUGGCCUUGCAUUCCUAAAAUAAACCAUUCUAAGCAUUGUUAUUUUGUAAAGGGAAGCAUUUCACUACAUAAAGUAUGAUAUUCAGUUGUGGUUUUGCAUAGAGCAGUAUGGAUGAUUUGCAUAUAUUUCCAAUCUGCUGGCAAAUUAACAGUAUUUUAGCAUUGCACUUUAAAAUGUAAUUUGGGUCCAUAUUACCCCCAACCAUUUUGAAAGCAAAACUCUCAGUUGAUUUCAGUGGGGAGUUCUGUUUAAAUCUGGAUGGAAGAUAAGGCCCUUGGAUACAAUGAGUUAUGAAUUAAAAAAAAAUAAUUCUGUGGUCCUUACUUAGGCAAACCUACUAUAGAAAAUUUUCCCCCAAUAGUAGUUUUGACAGUGUAAGGUCUGCAGAAAAGAUCAUACCCUAUGUAAUAUUUAUUGCCAUUUUGCACUUUUUAUGUAGAAUAUAUUUAUAUUUGUUUGAAAACUAUGGAGUAGUUCAGCUUCCACUGAAACAUCUUUCUAUAUGACAAAUGGUGACCACUGCUGUAAGUCAUGUGUUCCUGGGCUAUUCUUCAGGAAUGUCAGACUGGGGCUUUGAGAAAGGGGUGGGGGGGGAGAGAAGAGGUUGAUGCAGUAUAUUGUCUACUUGAGUAUGACAUGUAAUAAAACAUUUCCUUCUCAUUCUGAUUUCAACAGUCUACUUGGCUUAUGAAAGUCAGGCUAACUAUCUAUCAUGAUAAUUGUAACAGUACCAUGAAGGGGCUUAUUUUUACAUUCAUAUUUUGGAUAAGAGGGAUAGCAUCAGAUCACCACUGUUUCAUCUAUUUUUUUUUAGAGAUACAUUUACCACCAGUAUAUCAAAUGUGAAGUAAAUAUAAUUUUUGGCCAAGCUGAUUUUUUUCCCCAAAAAAGAAUAAUAUAGCAACUGUUUCCAGUUAAGAGGAUGAAAGUUUAAUACAAAUGUACUCAUAUCUUCAUCCCAUUUACCAUCAAUGUGAUUGUAAAAGUAAAGCCAUACAUGUCAUAUAAAAGAAAUUAGACAUAUUGUUUUCAUAAAGACUUAGUAAAUCAAUGUAGGCUAUGCUAAUGAGUGAAUAUGGUGUGUUCUUACUAUCAAAUGCAGUUUCAUUGGCAAUUAAAGCCUGUAGGAUUAGGCCUAAUGUGCUUUCAGUUCUUAUGUAAGCUUUUAGGCCUUGAUCCAGCAUUGUAUAGCACAGGAAUGGCCAAACUUACUGGCCUCCCAGAGCCGCAUCUGACAAUUUUCAGAAGUUCGAGAGCUGGGGCACAUCUGCGUGGGGCCGUGACUCCGGGCAGCCAUCAGCUCCUCGGGAGGCGCCAGAUGGGGUUCGGGGCUUCAGCCCAGCUCCUGCUGAAGCCCCAAGAGCCGUCUCCCCACCGGGCAGAAGCCCCGAGACCCCCCUUCCCCACUGGGCAAAAGUCCCUACCCCACCACCCCACUGCAAGGCAGAGGACCCGAGCCUCCCCCUCCUGUCUGGUAGAUGGAAAAGGGGGGAGGCCAGGGCUCAGCGAGACUCACUUUAAUGGUAAAAGAGCUGAAUGUGGCCCGUGAGCCACAGUUUGGCGACCCCUAGUGUAGCAUGUGGGCAGAUUGUUGUAUCUACACAGUGUCCCACUGAAGUUAAUGUAAUCCUAUGGACCUUAUCUUUGAAAAACUCUUGCUGAUGUUAAUGAGAUGUUUGGGUACACACAGAAUGUAAGAUCAGGUCCAAAGCAAAAUGACAGCUUUCCUGAAUAUGUAUGUCAGUAUUAGGCUCAAGGUCUGAUUCAUUAGCUGCAUCUUAAAAUAAGGUAUUUACAUUUGAAGAAGUACAUUUGAAAAUAUUUACAUAUAGUCACAAUGACCCAGAUUCAGCUCUACUGUAAAAUAUCUUACAGAUCAGUUUUGACCAAAGAAUCUAACAGAUUAUAAUAAUACUAUAAUGUACUUAAAAUAAUAAUAAUAAUAAUUAAUCAUAAUUAAUUUAACUAAAACCGUACUAAAACAAAUCAGUCAUUUUAAGGGACCAUAUUAGGUGGACAGUACAUUUUAAUUUAGUUGUAGACCUUUUGCAAUUUUUAAGAACUUGUACUCAGUUAUGUGAUAAUCUCUGGAUGGCAAAAAUUGCUUUCUUUGUACUGUGCUGCUAUCCAGUAACAUAUUUCAGCUUUAGUUACAAUCACAGUGCAGCUUAUGGUACUAAUGACAAUUACUCCAUACUCUAGAACAUUAACAGCUCAUAAAGCAAGGUUGAUUACUAUGACCACACUUUUUAGAUGAGAUUCAAUUUUCUCAUUGUGAAUUUCAUUUUAAAUAUAUAAAAUUAAAAUCAUAAAUAUAAUUUCAGGUUGGCAGUGCAUUCUGUUAAAUUUGAUGUGGCAGUACCUUGACCAAAAAGAAGUAUUAAUAUUAAUUCAACUUUAAAAAGUUCUUGCAUAGGUUUAUAAGCCAUUCAGAGCUAUUUAUCAGCCAUAUGCUUUAUGGUUGCAUAAGGGGGAUGCAAAGUUAGCUAGAUUUUACUUGAUUAUAUCUAGCAAAUUUCAAUAUGUACAUUGCAAUUCAUUUAAAUUUGGGUUGAGUUUCACAUUAUUCUUAAAAUACUUAUACACACAUGUAAUGUAACAGAUCUAUUUAAAUAAAAAUGUUAUUUUGUUACAUACCAUAGCAACUUUCUUAAAUUUAAAGUAAAUAAGAUGAAAGAACAUGAGCUAUACAUAGUAUUUACUUUCUGUGAACAUUUAUUUCUUUUGGAGUCUAGUGUCCCCUUGAUAUGUACAUUUAACUUUAAUGAGGGUUAUUCAGGUGUAUUACAGGGAAAAUGGACCAUAGGGUGAAAUUGUGACUUCUCUGAGGUCAAUAGCAAACUUCCAUUGACUUCAGCGGGGCCAGAAUUUCACCUAUAAUGGUUUUGAUCAAACUGUAUUCUGACAGUCCCAUCUUUAACAUAGAUUAUUUUGUCUUCCCUGGUGGGUCUUUUUUUCAAUAUCAUUCCAUAUGGAUACUGCUUGUCAAAUUAUAGUAUAUAGUGCAAAAGAAAGCCACAAAACAACACCUUAUAAUAUAAUGAACCUGAAUGUUUCUAGAGGUUGCUUUAUUUCCCUUUGUCUCUUUUUUCUGUCAAAAUAAAUCAGCCUUGGUCUUUUUUAACUGAAGUUCAAUUAUGUCUAAAUUUAGUAUGUAAUGUAAUCAAUAUUGAUUUUGGUUAAAAUAUUCAAAUAUUGUGAGCCAGUGGUCAUGCAAAGAUUUAGAAGUGCUCUAUAACAUGUAUUUUUGAAAAUAAUCAUCUAGUUCCGUAGAGUGGAGAUAACAGAUGUGUUCUGUUAUUUUUGUGUUUUUCUUUCUCAUGAAUCACAGUGAUUGCUUUUAUUUUUAUAUAUAAACCUUUUUUAAUAUGCUGCCUGAUUAACAUACAGUAUCUAUUAUUUGCAGAAGGCUGUUAACCUAAUGUUCUUAGAAAAAAAUGUGGACCAAUACUGCAUCCUUUCGUUAGGCCCUGAUGCUGAUCUGAUGUAGGCAGACUUGUGCUUGCACAUAGCAACAUUGAUUUUAAUGGCGCUCUGCCUGUGCCCUUACAGAUUGGAUUGUGACAUCGAGCAAAAUCCUCUUUGAAGUCAAUGGGAGUUUUGUUUUAGGACUUGUCUAGGGUAGGGAAAUAGCCAUAGUUGUAGUUACAACAGUGAUGUAGUUACUAGUGCAGAUCCCUAAUGUAGAUACACUACACCACUGAAGAAUGAGGCUUUUGCUUACGCAACUUACCUCAAAAAUUAGUAGAAGCACUGUCUUACACUAGUGCAAAGCAAGCACACUGGUGUUUUGCACCAAGGUAACUACAAUAUUAAAAGACAAUCCCUAUAGACAAGGCCCUAAUAAGGAUUGUAGGAUUGUGUCCAAAAUAUUCCUUUACAACUGUUUGACAUGACAAAUAAUAGUUGCUUGUAAAAUAGAUGAACAGGUACAGUACCUAAAGGAUUAGUAAAACCUACUGGGUCCGUUGUGCAAUAUCUUACUCUGAGUUUAAAAUGAUGGUAGUCUUUACUAAUGUGCAUUUAUACACAUCAAAUCUUCCAUAAAAUAUAAAAAUGAAAUGUUUUUCUAAGAUAAAUGAAAUUGUUAAACUUUCCAGAAACAUGUUUCCACAAAUAUUAGGAAUAGCUAAAGUAACAUUUCUAAAUUUGUUUGUACUGGCUAAUCAUGUUUUGUCAAUGUAAUAGUUUAUAUACUGAAUGUGUUCUAUAAUUUUUCCAAUGACUCUCGGGAGUUUUCUGAAGAUGUACAGUUUUUUAUUAGGUGUGAUUUCAGGAUCAAGGAUGUUAUUAUGGAGAAAAGGGAAGUGUUUAUUUUCCUCCAAGUUUAAUAUAUCAUAUAAUCUCAAAUGAAUUGUGGAAUUAUCUGGGAAAAGGUACAGUAUGUAUAUCUCAUACCUCAUUUAUCAUUUGAAUGUUUGAAAAUGAGUCACUUCCAUCUCUAUUCAUCAUCAGCAUAAUGUGAGAGUUCCUAAUUUCAGCAUUGACUGAAACUUCAUAAUUUUAGUUUGUAGUUGUCUAAUGAAAUCCUUUCCCUCUCCAUAUUGCAUUAUAUUUCUUAGCUGACCUUAUCUCCUAGUCUCAGUGACAAUAUAAGGCCAAACUCCUGACCACUUAAUUAAUCAUUAUAGUUCAUUUUUACCUCAAAUACAAUGGUAAGAUAAUUUAUCAUAGCAAUGAAAAAAAAAAAGUCCAGUCCUAGGCCCCAGUCCUGCAACUUCUUAUGUAUAUAGCUCGCUUUAUGUGAGUAAUCUCAUUGGACUCAAUGGGACUACUUCUGUGAGUAAAGUUAUGUGGUGUUUGCAGGAUCCAGCCAAAAUACGGGGACUGCACUUACAGUGCUGAGUUACUCCUUUGUCUGAUCUCCAAUUUGCUACUUUGGGAACUGUGCCCCACUAAAGACUGCAGGAUUAGGCCUAUUAUAAUUAAGUUUUAUGCUUCCCUGAUGAAGAGAAGAAUCUUGUACAAUGUCAAAAAGGUUUUCAUGGUAGCAUAAUAGAAUUUUCCGUUUGUACUCAUUCAGACAAUGUACAAUUAGGUUUUAUACAGAGAGAAAAGUGGUGUAGGCUAGUGAAAUGAUCACAAAGGUGACCAGCAAGAUGGCCUGAGUUUGAAUUCUGCUUUAGUUACAGUAGGGGAUGCUUUUGUUUUUUUGUCUUAAUGCACUUGUCUGCUAAUUGGGGCUGAUGAUGAUAACAAUUAUCCAGCUUCCCCUUAUGGGUAUUGUAAGUAUUAAUUAAUUAGGCAAUGUCUAUGCAGUGUUUUGAAUGUACAAAUCACUGCAAAAGGCUAAACAUAAAUAGGGCUCAAAACUGCUUCUUUACAUAGGUAGCACUCCCAUCAAAGUCAGUGACUUAUUUAUUUAUUUAUUUAAUAUUAUUUUUAAUGCAUAGUAGACUUGGCAAAAUUCAUUUAUAUAUGUAUAAUUUAGACAUGAUAUUGAUGCUUAUUUUAUGGAUUACAUUUUUAUUAGUUCAAAUGUUCACAUUUGUGCAAAAUUAUGGGUUUUUAAGCAUUCUUUUUAAAUUUUAUUUAUUUAAAUUUUCACAGUUGUAUGGAAUUAUGGUGGCGUCAGACAAUGGUGGAGGUCAGACAAUAAAUAUUUAAUGACUGUAGACAUCGAGAUUCAAAUAGUUAAAGCUUUAUAACCAUUCAAAUACAAAUUGUCAACAUCACAUGUCAAAAUAUACAAAGUAAAUUCCCUGAAGUCAAACUCUAUUAAGUUAUCAAACAAUAUUUUUCUUAUGUUGCCUAUAUGUAAAUUUUGAUUAUUAUCAAUGGAAAUAUCUGUUAGCCAGUUUGUGUGUAUACAGAGACAUAGACAUUUAGUGAUAUUUACCAAUAAAAAUCUAAUCCUUCCAAAUCUUUGUAUAGGGACCGCAAGAUCUGAAUGAAGUACAGUUAGACACCACAUUUUUCCAACUUUGGUGCCUGAAGAUAGGCUUCUAAAUCCACAUUUAGGCACCUAAAUAAGAAUGUUUGAUUUCUAAAGAUGAUGAAUAUCUGCAGCUCCCAUGGAUUUCACUGCAAAAAAUGACACAUUGGACUUUAACAGUUCUUUAAUUUUUAGUCAUCUCCAGUUAUUAUUAAUAACAUAGAUAAAGAAAUGUGUUUGUAUAAAAAUAUGAUUUUUAAGUUGACAGCAUCCUUUAUAUUUGACAGAAACAUAUACUUUGUAAGAGAGGUUUUCAUUUGUAAUGCAAAUCCAAAGUCUAGCUACUUUUAGUGCUUUUAAAAUCUGGCAGUCUGGAGAGAAGGGGGGAGGUUGUUUUGGCCUAUCUUAUCUUUGCAUAACUUUAUAAAAAUCCAUCCAGCCUCAUUUAUUACAUGAGUAUGAACAUCCUGUACUUUAAAGACAGGAAUUAUAGUGUCAUAAAAAAUCACACUUACAGGAAAAAUGUUAAUCAGAGGUAUUAAAAUUGCUACAGCAAACUGAAGUAUGAAAUUAAGAUAUGGUAUUCUAUGAAUACAGCAUACAUUUUCAAGAGGGGUUUGUUGACAACUAAUUCAUAACAAUCUGUCUUGCAUACAUAUAACACCUUUCAUCCCAAAGGAUUCUAAAUUCUCUUACAAAAUGUAUGCCUUCUCCUGCUUAUUGCAGUCAAUGGGAGCACUGCCUAUGGAAGUAAGACUUGGCACUUAAUAAGUUAAUAAAAACGGCAUAAGGAUCACUUCACCUAACACCAAAAUGCUUAACAAUAUACAGCAACACUAUUCAACAAUGUAGGAUAGAAAGUGAAUAUUAUUAUAUCCAGGUGAUAUUGCUUGAUGAAUUUAACUAGGCAAAAUAUAAUUUGUUCAAUUGGGAAUAUGUAACAGAUACUAGCAUCAAUAUCCCAGCUCUUGGUUAAGACUUCCAUUUUAGGAUUCAUCCAACACACACUAUACCAUAGUAUUUUUACAUGUACUGGAACUAUUAGCUCCAGCAGUUUUAAUCAAUUUGGUGUCACUUUCAUUGUUCAUCUAAUAUGUUUUGGAUUUUAAACAUACACCCAGUUUUUUGGCCUCAGGUUUACAAUUUUUGCUGCCAUGAGAGCUAAAUAAUUUCAAGUCUAUCUGAAGAGUGCUGGAAAAAUAUUUCCUAAUACAAUAAAACAAAUUUCUCCCAACGCUGCAUACUUUUUGGCUGAUUACAUUUCUUUGUUGCCUGAGGGACACUGAGUGUUCAAACUAGUAUUUGGCACAAGCAUCUAUAUUCCUGCAUUUUACGUAUUAUACUAUGGGUGCCAGAAGAGGCUUAGGGCAAGAUUUGCAUUUUUCAUGCUUCGGCUGCCAGUUGCAAGCAAGCCUUAUGCCAUCCAAUCUGAUUUUUUUUAGAAUUUAGGUCCUUCAAUAUGAUUGUCUUAUCACAACUACAGGAAUACUAAAGGUGACCUGAAAAGGGUAGCAUAAAAUUGCAAAAGGGUUUAUACCCUAUUUUGAAUCUUUAUGAUUCCUAAAGAAGGCCUGAAAUAUUUUUGUUGGAAAAAAGUCUCUUUUUUUUUAAUGUUAUGUUAUGUUUAUUACCCAAGGAAGAUUUGAUGGUGACAGGAGAAUAAGUUAAAUUAUAACAUCACAGCUGACAAAAGGCUGAAACUUGUGCUGCUAAGGGAGGAAAAUUUUGUAGUCAGACUUUGUAAAGUACUUUGGCUGCUUGCUUGCUUUUGUUAACACUUGUUUACAUCUAAUGAUUAAUACACAGUUUUUUGGGGGGAAAGAUGUUUUUGUUAAAGCUUCAGAAUGUGAGAGCUCACAAUAAACUGCUUUGAGAGUAAUUAGCUUUGGAAUAAUUUAUCUAGGAAUCUGCUGGAUUAUCCAUUAAAUGAAGUCUUUAAAUCGGGACUAGAUAUCUUUCUAUAAUAUAUAUGAUAGCUCAAACUGAAAAUUGUGGGUUUGAUACAGAGAUUAUUGGGUGAGAUCCUUUGGCCUGUGUUAUGGAGGAAGUCAGACUAGAUGCUCAUAGUGCUGUCUUCUGGCCUUAAAAUCUGAUUCUGUGAAAUCCCUAAGAUAUCCUCCAGCAAAGCCAUGAAAGGUAAAAUUUGUCAUCCUUGAUCUUUCUAUGGUAAAAAAUGAGCAGAGGGAAGGAAAAAAAGGCACAAAUUCAAUUUUCAAAUAAUCAUUUGUAGGUCACCUUUAAUAAAUACACAAGAAUUCCUGCUUGGAAUUGAACUGCCUUUGCUCUGCUGCAACAGAAUGCAAGGAGAGCAGGCCUUAAAGUAGUUUCACAGGGGAAUACUGCACCCCUAGAGCAUCAUUGGAGCAAUGCUGUGUAGCAGCUCUCUUUGAAAGACGGUGUUAAUGGAGGUUGUCUUCUAGGCAAGAUGUUUAGGUAUACACACUAAACAGCUCCCCUUAUUGGGAGUAUAAUAUUCCAUAGCCUGUAUUACAGCAUGACUAUAGAAGCAUCUGUGAAAAUACUGAAUCUGGGUUGAAUGAACAAGUGCUCCUGUUUUUUCACCAACUUUCCUGCUAGGUCAAUCUUAUAGAAUCUGAUGAAAAUUUCUUUCCCGACUAUGUAUUUCAGAUAUAAUGUAGGACUUCUGAUUUUUGGUUUUAACCAAAUAAAACACUUCCCAUACCAAAAAAAAAAAGAAGAAGAAAUCAAUGUUUGUUCAAUAAGCCCCAGAAAAAGCACUGGAAAUGGUUGUUUAUAUCUAAGGGCUUGUCUACACGGAUCAGUAAUGCGGACUAUGGAGUCUGAUUUCUAAAGUGCACUAAUGUGUUGUGCAUGAAUUGUUCCGUAUAGACCUUGCUGGUGCACACUAAAGGUUCCCUGAUGCACUUUAACAUAGUGCUGUUUGAAACAGUAUUAUGUGAAAGUGCACUAGGGAACAUUACAAAGAAAUUACUCUUUAUGGUAUAUGCAAAGAGAAAGCCCCCAAACCUUCUGAUUUUUGGACAUCUACAUAAAACUCAAAAAUUGCUAACAAAUAACUGCCCAAAAUGAAAUUGAUAAACCCCCAAAACAGAAGCCCUAUAUAAUGCAUCAAAUCUACAAAAUGUACAGACAGUUGUUCAGAAAUAUCUAAGAUUAGGGACUGUAUGUUUUUCUUUUAUUUUUUCAAACAUGUUUACAAAACUCUAAAAAGUAUAUUAAGUUCAUAAAUAUAUUUUUAAAAUUCCUGAUUAUUAUGUCAUGGACUUCCUUAAUAGAUUGCUGUUUGUAGCAUCUAUCAAAUGGCAGAGUCAGGUAUUGAAAUAUCUUUUUUUAUAAAAUGAGGAAACAGACAUUCAUUAAUUAAUGACUCAGAACUGGAGGAAUUUAGCACUUGAGUCAAAAAUAGGAUUAGAUUUUAACCUCAGGACAGAAUUACUUCCUGGGUAAUGGUAAUUGAAUCUUGUCUUUAUAUUUCCUUUAGUUAUUUCUUGCAUAAUGUCUGAACUUGAAUUUCUUAGUCAGGGAACAACCUCUUUGAAAUCAGAGGGAGUUCUGCCUGAGUAAGGAGUGCAAAUGUUACCCUUAAUCCUUAAAUAACUUAAUUUAUAUAAUUCUGUGCAGCAAGUGUGUGCUAAUUAAAGGGCUGAGUGACUUAUGCAAUAUGAAAUUGAUAUGUGCAACUGGUAUUACAAAAAUAUUAUAUCUGAUUAGGGCCAAAUCCUGCAGCCCUGGCUUAAGUGUGCCUUGCUCGGCAAAGGACUGUAGGAUUUCGUUCUUCAGGCCUCUGCAUCAUAUUUGUUUACUCCAUUAAUAAUUCUGUUGCAAGGUUUUACUGCAUAGCACAUACUUUUUCUUUUCUGGAAACAUUUCUCCCUUUAGUUCCAUGAAUGAUUUGUUUGUCAUUAGCAUACAGGUAAACAUUUCAGGAAACAUGAAUUUCUGUAUUAUAAAGUGGCAUUGAAAUAACACAUGCUCAAUAUAGAAGAAGAUAAUAUUUCCUAAGAAAAAUUAUACAAUUAUACAAUGUUUUGAAUUUUUUCAGAUAUAUUUUAAUGUAUUAAAUAAAAAUCUUGCUAGUAUGCAAAAUAUAAUCUUCUCUAUAAAUAUAUUGCAUACUGGUUACCUGGCUUUUAUAUUUAAUUCAAAUACUUGGACAAAAAUUUCAUACUGUUAAUAGUUUUUUGAGACCCAUAUUGCCUUUAAUGUAAAAAAAUAAAGUUAGUAUAUUAGUGGACUUAAAAAAAAGUUAGAAACCAGCUACAUUGGGUUUAGUUGAAUUAUUUGCACAUUUUAUACUGUAAAAGCAUAAUCAGUGUACAGUAGUAGCCUGAGAAAUUGAUAAAAUCCACAUUUUCAUACUGUAUUUGCACAUUUUUCUCAUUAAUGUAAAAUAUGAAACAAUCAGUUUUUGCCAAUGUAAUAUCUUAUUAAAGUUUCUACAUAUUUUUUUAUUAAACUGAAAUUUAAAGGAUUAAUUCCUUUAAGAAUUGUUUUAUAUAUGGUAGAAAAAGCCAUAUUCAGGAACAUAGACUGUCAAGUGAUACUGCUUCUUUCAAUGGUUUCAAAUGGUUUGAUGUUAAAUAGCAUGUACAUUAAAGUGCAAUUCAGUAGCAAAAAUACUACUUUUCAAUUGCAUACAGAUUGCUGGUGUUUAGGGCCCACGCACUUAAACAUGUAAGUAACUACACUACUGUAAGGCAUUUCUAUCAAUAUCGGUAACUCCUGGAAUUAAAGUUACUUACAUGUCUAUGUGUUUGCAGGUUUGGGCCCUGAGUAUUUGCGCACCUGAUCUGCAGCCAAAAAAGUCUACAGACUUCAAUGGGGGGGACUCUUAACCUCACAGGAUUGAGUCAUAGACUUUUGCCUAACGAUUUGCUAUUGGAAUGAAAAAAACAAAAACAACAACAACAACAAAAAACAAUACAUUUUCCCAUAUUGUAAUAAUUUUCUUUAUAGAAGAAUAAAGAACAGAGAUCAAAUAACACUAACACAUCAGCUUUACAGUGAGUUUACUGUACAGAAUAAUCCAAAGAAUCUUUUUGAAUUUACAAUAUUAAAUAUUUGGGAACAACAUAUAUAUAUAUAUAUAUAGCUCUACAUCUGUUUAUAUUUAUAUGUCUAUUAUUCAUUAUACAGCAUCAUGGAUGUAUGUGGUGUCUGUAUAUAUUUAUAUGUGUAUAUACAAGGACCUCUGUACUAUACAGCACAUUAGACUUAAAUUAUACAGCAAGAUGCCAUGAUUUAUGUGGCAGAGUUUCACUGAAUUCUAUGACAAUGUUAAUUAAUUAAAAAUCAUUAGAUAACCUUCAUUGUUACUGGUGUAAUUAAAAAAAAUAAGUCCCACCAAGUGGAAAUACAAACAAAAGCCUAUUAAUUUGCAUUAUGGCAGAGGAAUAUCACGCCUGAAGGCCUUAGGAGAAGAGUCCUUUUGCAUUGUAGAACCUGCUUGGGUGCGGUGAGGCAUGCAAUGACAUAAGAGGUACCAGGAAAUGAAGAAUGUCUUGAGGAAGAACUCUGUGCAUUUUAGGAAAGAUUCAUCAGAGAAAGGCAGCUUGUAUACUGAGACACUGAAGACAGCACGAGGGUGCUCCUCUAUCUCUGAACCUCUUCCUCUGCUUCCACCAUCCCCCCUUACCUCAUCCCCCCCCCCGCCGCCAACGUUUGAUCCAUUUCACCCGUUUCCUCUCAGAAAAAGUCUGGUGUGACAGGUAGCUCUCCUCUGCGGCUCUGGAGUAGCACAAGGACCUGAAUGAAACCUGCUCCUUGGGAAAAUAUAAAGAAAAACAAAGCAAAGGGAGAGGGAAAGCAAAAUGGCAGGCAGACAAGUGGAGGAGUUAAAGGAUGAUAAGAAAAUGGCCGUUUUGUGCAUGUAUAUGGCAACCAAUUCCAGAAAUUUCUGCUUAUCAGCAUUGUAAAGUAUGUGUUUAUUUUCAUGUCUAUAUAAUCACACUAGACAAAGUGGCCUCUGUAUGUGUGUGUGAGAAAGAGAGAAAGACAGAGAGACUGAAGUAAUAUUAACAUUUUCCCUCUAUAAGUACUCUCUAUACAGGGCCAAAUUUUGGUCUUAGUUUCAUGUAUGCAACUCCAUUGAUUUUAGAGGGCUUGCAUGUGUGUAAAUGAAUGUAUGGGUAAACUGCUUCAAUGUGCUUGCUCUCCUUAAAAUAAAAAUGACUUUUUUCUACGUUGGUUUUACCAAUAUAGUAACAAAAAUAGUCACCACAUCUUGCAACAAAACAGGUACACCAGUCUUCCCUUAUGCAUGUUCUAUGUCUCUGUAAUUUUACAAAAGCAAUUGACACAAUGAUCUCCUGCAAUUUUUUGUUUUAUUUAUUUAUUUAUUUAUGAUGCUCCUCUCAGUUUUGCAUUGUUAAACGCCAUUGACUUUCUUGCAAUUAAUCCUGAUUUGGAUCCGUGUAAGUUAGAGGAGACAUUCACUGUAAGAAUGCCACCAUUUAUAAAUCUGCUUCUUGGUCUGAAAUAGGUCAAAUGUUCAGAAUGCAGACGGGAUGGGCAUGCACAAACAAAAGGGAACAGAGAAUUAGAGAACACUGAAAAAGUGGAGGGUACAAUGGAUAAACUAAAUCAUAAGCCAAAAAAUUGUAAAUGUACAUUUAUAGAUUUAGGCUAAUCUAAUUUAUGUAUUGACACUUAUUUGGCAUAUCAACUAAAUUGAUGUAGAUUGGAAUUUUUAAACUGUUUGGGACAAGAACUGUGUCUUCCUAUGUCUUGCACUAGGGUGUGCUUAGCAUAAUAGAGCCUACAUCCUGAAUAGGGACUAGUGACUACAAAUAAUAAUGACAAAUAAUUAUAAGAGACAUAAUAAUAAUGUCAUUGUGAUUAGUAUUUUCUUGUGGUUUAACAAGUUUCAAGUAUUUCUUCAAUACUUAAACUUCCACAGACUUUCUUUCAACAUCAUAUCACUACCAUCUGUGUGCUUGUUCUGAAAAAAGUCAUUAAUGUAGACAAAAUGCAAGGGGAAUCCAAAACUACAUGUGCGUUAGAGUUUUGCAAAUUUUGUUUCAAACCCAAAUGUGGUAGUCAGGUGCUAGAACCAUAGUGUAAGACUGAUACCUUUUUUAUCACUUAACUAAUAUUUUAUCAUUUAACUAAUGAACAAUAGACAUUUUUUCUAGUUAGAUUAAUACUAUUAAAAUAUGCUAAUAUCCAGAUAAAUCCAGAUCUUAAAACACAUUUAUUGCAAUUUCUAUGGCAGUAUCACUUCACCUGAUAAAGCUGACAUAAUUAGAGUUUAUGUGAUUAAAGUCCCCACAACUGAAGCUAGAGCACAGAACUGCAGCCUGGUCCCAUACCAACUGCAGCUGUUACACCAGCCUAUGACCUACAAUAGUAACCUCUGCUUCCCCUUUCAUUCUUUUCAAACACUAAUCCCAUGGUUCCUCGUCUAGCCCACACACAUCACUGACCUCUGUACAUAGGAACUAGGGGUGCCAGGGGUGCUGUCACCUGGAUUGAAAUAGUAAUAAAAAUCCAAAUCCAUGGUUUCUGCCUUCAGCAAUUGCACUAUAAAAAUUGCUCCAGCAGCUGUAUCACCCUAUGUGUUUUCAUUGUAGAGCCCCUUUUGCUGUGCACAUGGAUUGAAGGGCUAGGAGUGGUUUACAUGAGGUGCAGUGGAUUGCUUUGAUCCUCCGGGGUGAAUGUCAUUAACUUUUUAAGUAAAUUGGAUAACAUUCCCUUUCUUCUCCUUCAAUGUGCAGAUUGGUAGUUGUCCAUUUUAAUGAGUGUCAAUCUCUUAAUGUGACCGGUUGAUUGAAAAGACAUUGAUGGUAAUCCUAAUGGCACUUAUAUCAAAGAAACCUAGGGUGACCAGAUAGCAAAUGUGAAAAAUCGGGACAGGAGAUUGGGGGUAAUAGGCGCCUAUAUAAGAAAAAGACCCAAAAAUCAGGCCUAUCCCUAUAAAAUUGGGACAUCUGGUCACCCUAAAGAAACCCCUUGGUGGUGGAUAGGCCAGAUGUUUAAAAAAAUAUAUACUCAAGACUUUCGAUAAUUGUUUCAAUAUAUAGGUCCUUCACAAUCAUAAUUAAGGACUAACACAUUCCUACUGGUGCUAAUUUUUUUUUGUUAUCUUUGGAAGACCAAGAUUUAGAACCAACUGGGAUCCAGAAGGAAAAUUUAUACAUAUGAAGGCUGCUAUAGAAACAGAGGCGUGGUAAGAAUUUUGUGCUCACAAUUUUGAUUGCACAAUCAUUUAUGUACACAGCUCUGCACAUGCUUAUGUACUCAUGCAAAUGUCUGAAUCUGCAUAUGCAAACAGCAUUUGUAUGUACACAACUGCACACGGUUUGUGUAUACAGGUUUUAUCAUUUGCCUGUGCAAGUGAUUGUGUAAGAAAAUUGCUCAUGAGUCGUGAACUCAACUAAAAAGAAGGGUUUAAGUCACUUUGAAAAUGUUGACCUUCAAAUACUACAGGCUGAUAAUAAUUUGCUGCCAAAAUCUCUCUCAUUAAAAUGUUCUUGAUGUUCACAGAAUACCAAAUCUUCAGCUUGCUGGAGCAUUGGUAAUCUUUCUGUUGAAAAUGUCCUUUCCACCCGACCCACACAAACAUGUACACAUCAGAGGGAAUAUUUAUAGCAUCAUAUUUCCAAACGUUUAAACAUUGCUAGAGUUAGAUGCAUUUUACUCUAUGGCUGAUGGAUUUUUUUUCUUUCUUAUUACUUUUUGCACAUUCUCUUCCACCUGACCUCUCACAUCUGCACAGGAAAUACUUUUUCCUCAAUAUUGAUAUUUGACAAGCAAUUGACUUGAACUCACAUAACUGUGAGAUCCUUUCUAUAUUUCUCUAAUUCAACCCCGCUCUGCUGUAAAAGAGCAUACAGAAGCUGUGAUGUCUUUGAAUAUAGGAUCUAAAAUGUACUGAGUAUAUGCUCUACUUCCUUUUUAUAUUGUAUGUUGUAGUUUGCUGUCCUGAAAUCUACUUGUCAUGAAAUAGCAAGUUCAUUGAAAUAGCGUUAAUCAAAAUCGCCAUAUAGUCUGAGGUACCCCGCACAUCUUUUGUUAGGCAAUAAAUGAGAGCGAUGAUCUGGUUGAGACCACUAUCAUGGUGGACUGAUGCUUAUGUGGCUUUUUCUAAAAGUGCAUGUAGGGUCAAAUCCUGACCUCAGACAAACCUAAGCAAAUCAUAUUGAUGUCAAUGAAGUAGUGUGGGUGGACCUUUUCUGUGUUUUAACAAAUUUAGUUUUGUUUACAUUAUUUUUAUACAUUAAUUUGAUUACAAACUGUUAUAAAAAUAACUUACUCCCCAGUACUCCAGAAAUGACUGAUAAAUGCAAAAUGUUCUUUAGUAUUACUUUUAUUUUGGUCCAUUCUGUUACCUUUAUUCACUUUAAAUAGAAUCUUAUACCUGCAUUGAUUUCAGAUGGACUCCCAGAAAGUUAUACACUACUCCAUGCGUAACCCAUAUCUGGCCUUUAAUACAAGAGACCACUUUCUUCUUAGUUUAAAUCUUCAUUAUUUCAUUAUUGAAGCGCAUGCUGAACAGAAAUGACAUCGCUCUGUGGUUACAUUCUGGAAUGAAAGUAUCUCUUUCUUAAUAAAACCUAAGCUUUAAACUAAGAUAACAAGCAGAUGUCUUUUCAAAAAAUUUGCAUUGAGUUUCUGAAGAUUCCACCAUAGUAUGUAAGCUUUGUCUAGGAUUUUAAUAAGGAGCUUGAAUAUAUUUUUUUAAGUAUGCACUUUGUAUGGGUCCAAAUCAUUUACACACAUACAGUAGAGGAUAUAGGGGAGGCUGUUUUCCUUCUGUAGGUUUUGAAACCAACAAAGGAGCUGUGGAAGUUGCAAUGGACCUUUCAUUUAAUGGCCAUUAGGUUUUGGAUAUUAUUUUGUUUAAUGUAAGAAAUCAUAGACAAUACAAUCCAGGUAGUGGACACAGUCUCUGUUCUGGACAGCUCACACUGCAUGUAUCCUAUUCUCCGAAGAAACAAAAUAUUAAGGAAUGAACAGCAGUAAUAUGCAAUUGAUGCAUGAUAUGAAAUGAUCUGUGAAACAUUUUACAGUUGUACAGCAUAUGGCAAAUGGAUUCUCGUGAAUGGUUGAAAUAUCAGCUUCUGCUUGAUAUGAUGAUGGGGGAAGAAAAAUACAUCUGAUCCCCGCCCCCAACACAAAUGAAUACCAGCGGUAUGCUGUCUCUGUCCCAUAUAUAUCAUAUCUUUGUUUAGAUAAGUAUCAUUUUUAACUAAUUCACUGACAAAGGGCUAGACACUGCUGUAUGGAGAGUACAGUAGUACUCUGGGCUUGGCGGAAAAUAUUUUCCAUGAGUCAGUGGCAUCUAUAUGUCUAUCUCAACCAUAGUGGACCAUUCUUUUUUUUUUAAAUGUGUAUUGUGACCAUAGAAUAUUUUUUGAUGUGCUUUUACAUCUUUCUUUAUUAGAAGUUGUUUUAUCACACCAUGUGCCCAACUUGCCAAUGUCCUGCCCCGUCACAAUGCUGUCCCUAAGAGACACUAGAAACUAUCCCAUUCAAAGUGUCUGUCAAUAACACAUUCCCUUGAAUGUCUUGCUUGAGACAUUUCCCUUCUUACCUUCAUGUCUUUUUCUUAUUACAGUACUGGGUGACCUGGGACACAUGGAAAAGACAUUUUCACCAUGUUAUUUCAUGGAUAGUUUUAACUGGGUUCUUAGAUCAUAUUUCAGUAUACUGUACUUUGUGAUUUAAAGUAUUUCCAUAUGUGACCCUACAAGCAGAUUGUACUACUGUGCUAUUUUGAUCUAGAAAAAUAAAAACUCCAACCAAUGG